CAAACUCUCUAGCCAGCUCUCCUUUUUUUGACAGGCUCAAAGUAUCCUACAUUUUCCAUUUGACCCCCUCCCCCAGAAAUGAUCAUUAACUUCCCUAUCUAAUGGAAAAGAAAAAUAUUAGGGACUCAUGAAGGAUAUUAAUGGCAUUUUGCAUUAUAUCAUAAAUGAGAGGAGUGUAUGAGAAGGAAGGGGAAGUCAUAGAUUUUAUGUGCAAAAAGUGUAUAUAAAUACUAGGGAACCUGAAUGCAUGGAGAUGAAUAAAGUGAGAGUUCUUUUUAGGGUAUAGAUGCCAGAUGCGGUUUGAUAAUAGCAUUUGGCAAAACCUAAUGAAGAAAGAAAGAAAAAAGAACAAUGUCUGGUUAAAUCAUUUGUCCUGCUCUUUUUUAUGUUUCUUGUGUUUAACUUCAAGCCUUUCCUCUUCUUCUGAUAUAUAUUAACCAUCAUGUGAACUUUAUAUUGCAACAAAAUCAAGCACAGAAAAAUGGAGAUUUCAUUGAGAGCGGGAUGCAUGGCAGUUUUUGCAGUGUCGGGAAGCGUUGUUCUUCUUUCCCUCAAAGCCCACAAGCACCUCAUGUCUGAUUUCAUGAACAAGAUUGAAUUUGAAUUUGGGAUAGUGAAAGGUGAAAAUGAGAAAAAGGUGAGGUUUUUAGAGGAAGCGGAGGUAUUGCCGUCGAUUGGCCAUGAUGACCAUUACCCGGAGAAGGAGAAGAAGAAGCAAGCAUCACCGUCAACCAAUCUGAGGAGAGGGGUGGUCGAUGAUGAGAAGAGGUUCAAGUCAAUGCCUGAAAAUUGGCAAGCCCUUUACAGAGGGAUUAUUCAAUUUAGGUCUCUCAAACGGCACAAUGUGUGACUUCUGAAAUUCUGAUUUACAUGCUCAUGUAAAUAAAGUUGCUGUUGUAGUACUUUCUUUGAUACUACUGUAUAAUCUAGUUGCAGAAUAUGCCAAUGUGGGUUCAACAUGCCAAUUUUGUAUAUUACUAGUUGAUAGGUUUCAUUGUGAAAUUGAACUGUAUAUAUAUAUAUCUACAAUAUUAUAAGAGGGAAUAUUGUUAGGGGUGUAAUGGUGAUAAAAAAAAAUGUUGGUGUCUCUUAAUGCAUUAAGCCCUUAUACCUUA